AUGGUGACUUAUUCCAUCCACCUUGCCGAUUUGAAAGUCAUGCGCUGCUCCAACACCACCGAGGUUCACUUGCUGAGGUUUUGGGAGGCUAGAAAUGUGAGGAAAGACGGUGAGUUCAUGAGUCUAGACAUGCUCCUCAUCGACGAGAAUUUGACGGUUAUUCAAGAUUCUGUUAAUGCGAACCAUCAAUUCAUGUUCAGACAACAUCUCAGCGAAGGGUCAGUCUACAGGUUGAUCGGGUUACCUCGGCAGCAACCCCAAUUUCCGGAUGUUAGAUGCCACUUUCUCCAUUUGGUUCAAUAA